GGUGUGGAUGUGCUGGGUGGGUGGGCGAUGGUUCAGUUCAAAGUUGCGUUGCAUUGCGUGCGGUCUGAGGCUCCGCUGCCCACUCGGAACUCGGUCUAGGCCAGAUUUGUUUGAAUAAAAGCCCGGUGCGUCUGCGAUUAAUAAGUAAUCCCCCAAAGUUGCCCCAUCGAAGCCCACCAUAAUGGAUGCUCAUCCCAAAGAAGCCGAGGCUAAUGACAAGUUCAUCGUCAAAUACCGACAGCAGUAUUACGACCUGUCCAAGUUUAUGCACAAACAUCCGGGGGGCAUCAACACCCUCAAAGGACUCAGCCAAUCGGAUAUGACAGCUCGCUUCCUAAAGGCUCCCCCCCAUUCGGACGCCGCCAUGUAUCUGAUGCAGGAAUACAAAAUCGACUCGCAGGACACUCGAAAGAGAAGGCCAAGCACAUCAGGUGGCGAGCAGAAGGAGAGAAAUCAAACCAGCACACAAACUGAAGACAAAAAUAAUAAUCAAUUGGAUGACAGCAUGGAGCACCUGGUGGAUUGGUCAAAGGCUAUGCUUCCCCAGAUUGCAAACAUCACCCAAAACUAUGAUGAGUGGGUCCACAAACCUGUGGACAGGCCACUCCGGCUCUUUGGUCCCUGGUACCUUGAGAUGUUAACCAAAACACCUUGGUGGCUUGUGCCAUCUUUCUGGAUUCCUGUGAUCUUGAAGUUUGCUUCGGAGGAGUUCACCUCGAGUUGGCAAAACAAAAGUCAGCUUGUGGAGGUAGUUGCUUACUUUUUGUUUGGGGUUCUACUGUGGACAUUCCUGGAGUACACCCUUCAUCGCUGGGUAUUCCAUGUUAAGCUAAAAAGCAAUAGUGGACCUUGGAUUUGCACGUUCCACUUCAUGAUCCAUGGACUUCACCAUAAAGUUCCCUUUGAUCCAAUGCGCCUAGUGUUCCCGCCGCUGCCGGGAGCCGUGCUGGCCACCAUCAUCUAUACGCCCCUCAGCUUCAUGCUCCUUCAUCCGCGUAUAGUUCUGUCCGGAGCUCUGACGGGGUAUUUGUGCUACGAUUUGAUGCACUAUUACCUCCACUAUGGAAACCCAAUCACCAGCGCCUUUGUGCACAUGAAGCGGUAUCACUACCAUCAUCACUUUUCACACCAAUCCCUGGGAUAUGGCAUCAGCAGUCCCUUGUGGGAUGUGGUUUUUCAAACUCGCAUUCACCUUCGAAAGCUAAGAUAUCAACUGCGGUGGUCUUAGCCACAAUUAGGAGAAACCAUAUCUUUUUGCUUAAGAACAAAUAAUUUAAGAGCACAGAGUUUCUACUCUUUUACGAGUUUUAAGAAAAGAUUUUGCAGCAUUUGUAUAUUGGAAAUGCUAGGAAUUAGAUGUAAGAACAAAUGUAUUUCUUUAAUGGCACAUUAUAUGACAGGAAUAAACUUCCAAUGAUACCAAAGAAGUUGGGAAAAAUAAAA